AUGGCAUUGCAGGAUCCCAAUUCCGUGAAGGCUAAUGAGAACACGCCUCUUAUACAAUGCCAUUCAUCGAAGGCAGUCAAAUAUGGAAAAUCUGUAUUGUACAGAGCCUUGCUUUGCGGAUUCGUUGUUUCUUUGUCUUUUGGCGUCACGCAAGUUCCGCUGCUAUAUGUCUUCCGUCUCAUGACAUGUGACGCUUACUAUACAACCCAUCCGGAGCCAGCUCACGGAGACCGCUGCGAGAACCGAAUGAUUGAAGCUGGUACAGCUCGCGCCUACAGUAUCCUCGGUGCGUCAACAACAUUCUUCGGCAUGGCGAAUUUAUUCAUCACGGGAUGGGCUAUCAAGAAACUAGGCGCCAAGUCCGCUUUGUUGAACUCCGUUUUCUGGCCUGCAGUGCGCCUGCUCAUCCAGAAUAUCGGGGUUAUGCAUGGGGGAGCAACUGGAAUGUUGAUCAUACAAUGUUCUCAAAUUAUCUGUAUCGUCGGCGGUCCAGCCGGAUACCUCUUGGCUCUUAAUUCAUAUGUGGCCGAGAUCCUCGAGCCGAGCGAACGGACGGGAGCUUUGGGAAAACUUCAAGGAUGCGCAUUUUUAGGUAUGUCGCUUGCUUACUUUCUAGGUGGAUUGAUUACCGAUGUGUUCGGCUUGAUCGCUCCAUUCCGGGUCACCCUCGCUCUAUUUACCAGCUCCUCAAUCUACGUGGCCCUGUUCCUCCCCUGGAUCGCACCAGACAAGACUGCUUUGAAAGUCCAGAAAACCAAGCUCUCCCGGUUCUUUGGCCCCCUCAAGAUCUUUACUCCGAGGAAAUGGAUGAUGCAGAAUGGUCAAGUGAGAAUGGAAUACGGCACAAUUCUCCUCGGCUUUGGAGUAUUCCUGGGUGUCUUGGCGACAGGAUUCAUCCCAGUGUUACUCCAGAUGUAUGCUACUGAUGUAUACGCAUUUGGCGCGACUGAGAACGGAUAUCUCAUUUCGCUCAACUCAUUUAUUCGUGGCAUCUUUCUCACCUUCGUGUUUCCGGUCAUCAUCUCAUACGGCAGAGCCAGAUACUCCAACCCCAAGCACGUGAAAGACUGCGAGCCCUCUCCGGAAUCAGAUACAAAUUUACCGACUGAGCCAAGCGACUUCGCCGCUACAGCUGAAGUAGGAGAACGGGAUGAAGAGCCUAUGCCGAUGCCGCAUUUGGAGAAUGGAGGCGAGACGUUUGACUUUGAUUUGCAGUACAGCCGAUGGAGCAUACUCGCUGAUUCUUUACUUACGGGAUGCGCGACGUUCGUGACUGAAGGGUGGCAGUUGUACGUCGUGGCCGUCUUGCUACCAUUGGCGUCUGGGACGGGAUCUAGUGCGAAAGGAGUGAUCAUCCAAAUGUGCUCCCCAUCAGAACGGACCGACGCACUGAGUGCUAUCACCCUAGUGGAAAUGGUUGCAAGACUAACAACGAGGCUCUCUCUCUCUCUCCAAGCGACCAUCUUUGGAUUCAUCUUUGCCGCUUUCGCGGAGGCUGGAAAGAUCAACCUUGUGUUUACGUGUAAUGCUGCCGUUGCGUCAGUCGCGUUCAUCGUGCUUCUCUUCGCCGCGUUCCCACCCGACGGAAGCAAACGAGUAGAGGAAGCGGUACCCGAAGAAACGAGCAGCCUAUUGGAAUAA